AUGAGGCUUGGGACGCAGGAAGUCUUGUCCGUACCGCUUCCUCUGGAAGCGGCAUUUCUCUCUCCUAUGAAGGUCUACAUACACCAAGUCACCGACUUCUCCGACACACUGACAUUUCCGACGUAUGCGGGAUGCGUCUCGUUGGUGGUUUUCCUCCUCCAGCUGCUGUACAUGAGCUUGUGGAGAAGGUGGUCUGCUAGAAAGUCGGCUCCUAAUGAUGGCUCGACGGAUAGCGCCGAUUCUGAUACAGUGGUUUCCGAAGAAGGAGCUGCCGAAGUCAAUGUUGCGCGUCAUGACACUCCCCGAGGGGGGCCGACUAUUUUUGCGUUCAACUUUGGCAAGCUGGUCGCAUGUGCAGUGCUGUUGACAUUGUCGAUCGUUUCCUGGGUUGUGAGCUUGUCUGAUGACGAGUCGUCGGCACUUGGUCUUUCACAGACGUGGGUCUUAGGCGGCCUUUGUUUGACAUACGCAUAUGUUUUGGUCCUGUCAUUCGUCCCUCUAUUGGCCGAACCGGUGUGGGGCUCGAUUGCCUCUGGACAUGCCACACUUGUCCUACUCUGCACUUUGGCAGUAUAUUUGUAUCGCGACGUAUGGCCAUACGCGACGUUCACACAAAAGCCGCUCGAUACCUCUGAGGGGGUGUUGCUUUGGGCCAAGAUAGCCAGUCUGACUGUUGCGGCGGUCAUCAUUCCUUUGCUUACCCCGAGAAUAUACGAGCCAUUCGAUGCUAAGAAUCCAUCGUCCCAACCGCAUCCUGAGCAGACGACACCGAUCCUGUCGCUCAUGUUAUUCUCGUGGCUGGACAAGUUGGUGAUGAAAGCGUACCGCAUGCCGCAUCUUCCACUCGAUGAGCUUCCACCCCUGGCCGAUACUGAUAGCGCGGAGAACCUGGUCAAGCGAGCGUUCAAGAUCCUCUCCGAGUUCGCUAGUCCGAUAGGAAUCAAGUAUCUACUUGGAUAUGUCGAGAGUGGUGGUUCCGACGCCGAUGUGCGGCCUUGGGUCUGGAUCACAUGGCUAUUUAUCGGGCCAAUGGCAGGAACAAUUUUCUUUUCAUUAUACUACAUGGCUUCGAUGAGAGUGUCGGUGCAGUUGGAGGCUGUUGUCACCGAGCUCGUCUUCACCCACGCCCUUCGGAUCCGUAUGAAAGCCGAGUCAUCGGAGGAGGUAGCCACCGCCCCCGUGACACCCGAUAAUGCGUCGAUUGUGCGGUCGAGUGCGGCUCAGAGUGAGGAUGAGUCCACUGAUCGUGAGGAAGAGACACUCGCAGGCUCGACCGCUGCGAGCACUCAGUCAGCUAAGGGCAAGCGAAAGUCGCAAGGCACCCCCGAACCGGCGGCUGUGUUGCCUCAGCCGACAGCAAGCGAAGCGAAGGACAAGGACAAGGACAAGGACAAGGGCAAAAGUCUUGUUGGUAAAAUCAACAAUUUGAUCACGAGUGAUCUCGCAAACAUCACCAGGGGGCUUGAGUUCGCUCAGAUCUUUAUACGAGUUCCUUUUCAGCUAGUGUUUUCCGUCUGGUUUCUUUACACAAUCCUUGGAUGGAGUACUACUUCCUGUUCCUGGCAUGCUUGCGAAGUUGCUACGCGGGGUACAAUCUACGCGAUCGAAGAAGCCUUGAAUGUGAUCCGGAUGGUCAAGUUGUUCGGCUGGGAGUCGCAUUUGAUGCGUCAGAUAUCGGGAAAGCGUGAUGACGAACUAGUUUGGUUGACAAAGAGCAGACUGCUGCAUCUUUUCAACGCCAUCAUUGCUAACGUUAUCCCUCUGUUAACAAUGAUCGUCACAUAUUGGACUUAUAUGGAUCUAGCGUUUGAAAUGUUCACUGGCCAGAUCCACAUGUCCUUCGGGCUGCUUCCGGCAUUCAUUCAAGGUAUUUUUUGUUGCCCUCUUAGGGGAAAGUCAUAUAACGCCAUUAUCUACAGCGAAAGUACGGAACUGCUGGACGACUUCUCUGAAACUCAUAGUCCCAAUCCUCACGAGCGACGAAUCCAUAGCCAUGGCAGUGCUACAAAUCCUAAUGUGAUUGGCUUCCGAGACGCGACGUUCACAUGGGCCAAUGAAGAGCAGGCACCGCCUGAUGGCCGCUCACGGCGGAGAUUCGUGCUACGCAUCGAGAACGAGCUCACAUUCAAGCAGGGUUGCAUCAAUCUCAUCGUCGGCCCUACAGGCUCCGGGAAGACCUCGAUGCUGAUGGCUUUAUUGGGUACGGUGGCUCCAGGAUCUCGGAUUGGGUAUGAAGUACUGAACAUGCUUAUGCGCCGCAUCAGCAAAACAUCCUGUUUGGUGCAACGUACGACGAAGCACGGUACAACCAAGUGUGGAUUGAAACGAGACUUGGAACUGUUCGACGCCGGUGAUAUGACAGAGGUUGGCGAGAAAGGAAUAACGCUCAGUGGAGGCCAAAAGGCACGGGUUACCCUCGCCCGUGCGGUGUACUCAACCGCUGAAAUUUUGUUGCUUGAUGACAUAUUGGCGGCUCUUGAUGUGCACACUGCUCGCUGGAUAGUUGAGAAAUGCUUGAAAGGUGACCUUAUCCGGGGUCGAACCGUUCUCCUGGUCACUCAUAAUGUCGCAAUGGCGAGCCCGGUGUCUCAGUUUGUUGUCGCUCUUGGAAUCGAUGGACGAGUCUCAAGUCAAGGAUCGCUCUCGAGCGCUCUGGCGCAUGACAAGAUACUCGCUGCUGAAAUGGAAAAAGACCGCCAAGCUGUCGAAAACGUCGAAUAUGAUGCCAUUGCGGAAGACGCUGACGAGGGUGUCAAGAAGGCCAGUGGGAAAUUGAUUCUGGAGGAGGAGAUUGCUGAAGGCCACGUUGGCUGGCCAGCAAUGAAGCUGUACUUGGGGAACCUUGGAGGUGGACACCAAAUCCUCUUCUGGAUCGGUUGCGUUGGUGCCCUUCUCGUCUCAGAUUUAUUCGACACUCUCCAGGUGUGGUAUCUAGGUUAUUGGGCACGGCAGUAUGAGGAGCAUCCCGCAAAUGAGGUCAAGGCAUCAUUCUACCUGUCUGUGUACGGUUCUAUGAUGCUAGCGUCGCUGGCACUGUAUGCCGCACACUACACUGUGUACACGUUCGGGUCCAUCAGAGCCUCAAAAGUCAUCCACAAUUCCCUGCUUGCAUGCGUGCUUGGUACCACGUUGAGGAUACUCGGUACCAUCAUGAACAUGAGCGACGCAAUGAUUGUCAAGCUGGCGGCUGUGGUCCUCAUGUCUCCACUUUUCUUGAUUGCUGGAGUCUUGCUCGUAGCAGUAGGAGGGUGUAUUGGACAACUGUAUAUGAAGACACAGUUGUCUGUCAAGCGCGAGAAGAGCACUGCACAAGCUCCUGUUUUAGGCCUGUUUGGCGCUGCAUUCGCGGGCCUUGGUAUCCUGGAGCGCAUCAAACAGUAUAUGGACAUAGAACAGGAACCUAAAUCUACUGACAGUGGAGUUCCUCCGGCAUAUUGGCCUUCAAGUGGAGAUCUGAAAGUCGAGAACCUGUCAGCCCGAUACUCACCGAAAUGGCAGGAUGGCCCCCUUGUUUUGAAAGACAUCUCAUUCGAAGUGAAGUCCGGGGAACGAGUGGGCAUCGUGGGCCGCACUGGAAGUGGCAAGAGCUCCCUGACGUUGGCUCUACUACGGUGCAUAUUGACGGAAGGCAAGGUAUUCUAUGACGGUCUUCCAACUGAUAACCUCAAUCUCGAGGCACUCCGCUCACAUAUCACCAUCAUCCCUCAAAUGCCCGAGCUCCUCAGUGGAACGCUGCGUCAAAAUCUCGAUCCAUUUGAGGACUACGACGAUGCGGUUCUCAACGAUGCACUCCGCUCGGCUGGAUUGUUCAUCCUGCAACAAGACAUGGACGAGGGCCGCAUAACGCUGGAUACCCAAAUAUCCAGCGGUGGAAGCAACCUAUCGGUCGGCCAGAGGCAAAUUCUGGCGCUUGCUAGGGCCAUCGUGCGUCAGAGCAAGCUCCUGAUUCUGGAUGAAGAUUAUGACACCGAUGCCGUCAUCCAAGAAUCCUUGCGCAAGGAACUGGAGAACGGAGUCACAGUGCUGACGAUCGCACAUCGUCUCCAGACCAUCAUGGACGCAGAUAAAAUUAUGGUCCUGGAUACGGGUCGAAUUGUUGAAUAUGGCAAGCCCAGCGAACUUCUCAAGAAUGAAAAUGGCCACCUUCAUGCAUUGGUGAAGGAGAGCGGAGAUGUGGAGAAGUUGUACGCUAUGGCCGCAGGAGCGGGGGCUUCUGCGUCAUGA